AUGUCGAAUUGCAGGUUUCUCUACCACAACGGUGUCGUUUUGGAGGCUCCUCCGGUCACUACCUUCCUUGAAUCGCUCACGGGUGCUUAUACAACGACGAGAACGAUAAACAGUGUCACUAGUUUCUUGUUCUGGGAAAGACAUAUGAAGAGACUUUCGAGCUCGAUUCGUAUCCUUUUGGAUUCAAAGCCCGAGCUUUUGUUCAGUUCCGAGUCAUCGUCUCCGUUUUUGAUGAAUCAAUCAGUUCCUGAGUCGAGUAUUUAUGAUCUAGUCAAUGGUUGUAUGAACAAGGCCAUGAAAUCUGUUGUAGUCAAGGAAAGGGAAAGAAUUUUUGGAGAAGAAUUAGCUGUAACUGUUCUUGUUACUGGUAAUGUGGAGAAGUUGGAUAGUUUUGGUGAUGAAAACUGUGAUCAGGAGAGGAAAGUUGUGGAUUUUCUCGAUGUGUGGUUGCAUAUAGGUGGAUACUCGCCUUGCCCGUUAGGUGUUCGAGAAAAUGCCGCGAGUUUGGCUUUGGUUGGUCGUGGAAGAGAUGUUGCUGCUGCUAAAUACUCAGAUUGGGUAAGGCUGCGGAAGCCUCUGGAGAAGUUUAGACCUCCUUCGACUACUGAACUUCUUUUGUCAAAUGAUGGUGAUCAUUUGCUUGAGGGCUGCAUCACAAACUUUUUCGUAGUUUAUCGCAGGAAGUCAUCUGACAAUCUCUACGGUGGGAGUUUGAGCGAGUUUGAAGUGCAGACUGCACCUAUAACCGAUGGUGUGCUUCCAGGAGUGAUAAGAGAUGUUGUUAUCGAUGUGUGUUUAAGCAAAGGAAUUCCAUACCGCGAGAGAGCACCUUCGUGGUCUGAGCAUGAGCUUUGGGAAGAAGCCUUCAUUACAAGUAGUUUGAGGAUUUUGCAACAUGUAGGGACGAUCAAAGUACCGGUUGGUUCAUUAGAAGCAUUGGCGUGUACCAAACCAGAAGAGUUUCAAUGGAAGGAGAAAAAGUUUGAGGAAGGACCUGGGAUGAUCACUGAAUUAAUCCAGGUAAAGCUUGAAAUCACUCUUUAA